UCUCCCAAUCACCCUUUAACUUCCCCUCUCACUCUCUUUCUUAUUUCUCAAGUUUAUAUAGUAUAGAUUAGAAGUUGUCCUUUCAAAGUCCGUCCUUAAAACUCUGAUUAUUAUUCAUUAGUUUUUCACUAGUCUCUUUCUCUCUCUCUGGAUGACGAUGAGCAAUAUUAACCAGCAUCACACCAUCAAUAUGGGGGAUACGACGCUGACAAAGGUGUUUGUGGGAGGACUGGCAUGGGAAACUCCCAAGGAAGCCAUGAGAGAGCACUUUGACAAGUAUGGUGACAUCUUGGAAGCUGUCAUCAUCUCCGAUAAGCUCACCGGCAGAUCCAAGGGCUAUGGCUUUGUGACCUUUAAGGACGCAGAAUCAGCCAAAAAGGCAUGUGAGGAUGCCACCCCUAUAAUCAACGGCCGCCGAGCCAACUGUAACCUGGCGUCCCACGGCGCACGUCGUUCUAGGCCCUCUCCCUCUAUCACUCCCCCUCCUCCUCAACAAGGACCCAAUGUGGUAGGACCAAGGGCUUAUUCAGCAUCACCUGCAAGUCACGUGCAGUGGUACUAUCCUGCUAGGGCACCCCAAGCUGCAGCUCCAGCUCCAGCUUCACCCUUUCACCAUCAGCACCAUCAUCAGUCUCUUCCUUUCUAUGGGUAUUCUCCAGCUUAUAUUGCCACAAACAUGAAUUACAAUCACAGGCUAAGCUACACCGGUGGGGCUUACAUGAAUGAAAAUUUUUCUCCAGUGUACCCAGGUCAGGCAAUGAUGGGUGGCAACACAUUGAUGCCAAUGUACCCGUAUUAUCACUUUCAUCAUCAGUCCCAGACAAUGGGCCUUCCAGCCCAUAUGUACUCUCCAACAGCUGCUGGCCCAAUUGCUGCAGUCCCGGCCCUUAUGUCAAAGCCCACAACAGUUCCAGCUACUGCAGUUUGUUUGGCUGUGGAGUAGGUACAAUUAUGACCAAAAGGAUGGUGGCAAAAAGCAAUUAGAAUGGGGAAAGGUGGUGAUAUUCUGCAGUGGUUCUUCUAAUUUCCAAUUUCAUUUAUUCUUUUCUUUGUAAUUUUCUGAGCAAGCAACAAAAAGAGAAAAAAAAAAAUUAUUAAUUAUUGUCAAUCAUGCUGCUAAUUAGACGUAUUCAUUUCCUAUCUAUCCCUUUAUCCCAAUGGCUAACAUAUUUUAUGAGCUUCUAAUUAAGCAUAAAUAUUGAAUUAUAUAUUGUUUGUAA